GUUGAGAAUAACAACUGUACUUGUCCAUUCUCAGCACGGUCCCCCCCAUCUUCUCUCGGGCUCCUCUGCCCCAGCCCCUUCCUGCUGUUCCAGACUGCCCCCGCAGCCUCUGCCCUGCCUCUUGGGAUUCCAAACCUAGUUCCUCUCCUUUCCAGCGACCCUUUUCUUGAGUCUUUCCAUACCAAUUUCUGCUGCAGCUUCCUUGGUAGAGGGACUUCCUGUUACGCAGGGCCCCUCCUCUCGAAACCCCACCCUGCAGCCUUCCCAAGUUUUGCCUCUCUCCCUUCCCUUCUUUCCACUAGUAAGGGUGACUCCACCCGACCCUGCCUGUCUCCCUGGACCUGCUUCUCGCAGACCCCGCAGACCCCUCCGUUUCAUCCAACACCCUGUCUCUGUCAGGACCCUGGUGACCGUUGGCGGGAGGGGCCCGGGGCUUGGGAAGGGGAUACCCCCAGGGAGGUGCGCGUGGGAAGGAGCAGGGAGCUGGCGCGAGUGGUCCCCCCGCAGGUUGCCUGGGUAACGCGGGCCUGGCACGCGUGGCUCCCUUGGGCGGGCCUGGAGGGGGCGGGGGCAGCCGCGUGCGGCAGUAGAGCGUAGGGGAGGGGACCUGAGAGGAGGGGACAAGCAGAGCGGAGGGGAGACCCGCCACCUCCCUCCUUCCCUUGCUCCCUCCUGGGCUGCGGCUGCUGCAACGGCGGCGACGGCUGCGGUGGCGGCAGCAGCCGGAGCAGUCUGGAGGCCGGCGUCCAGGAUUUGCUGCUAUCUCUGCUGCUCCAUCCUCCUCUCAGAGGCCCUCUCCCCUCUCCCAUCUCAAGAUGGCAGCCAGCAGCUCUGAGGUCUCUGGAUUGAAGGGGACAGAGGAGGGUCUCCAGACCCAGGGAGAAGGACCUGGCCAUUCUGAGGCCAAAACUGGCCCUCUCCAGGUCCCAGCUGGGGUCCCAGAUGAGCCAGAGGCCCUGCAGCCAAGUCCAGACAUCACUGGGGCCCCUAUGGACUCAGAGCCCAAAGCUGAGAUGGCUCCAGAAAUCACAGAGAUCCCAACAGGGGCCCCAGAAACAGCCCAGGCCAAAGACCUUAGCCCAAGCUCAGGAGGGGAACCAAAGGUCAACUCCAGUCCCAAAAAAGCAUGCCAAGAGCCAGCAUCCCAGCCAGAAGUGAGCAAAGAGGUAACUGCAGACCAGGGGACCAACCUGGAGUCUGCAGGCCUGUUUGAGCCAGCCUCAGAGCUCACUUCCCAGCUGGACCCUCAGUCAGGCUCCCAGCCCACCCCCAAGCCAGCCCUUCAGACAGAGCCUCCUACCCAGGAGGACCCCACCACUUUGGUCUUGACUGAGAGUCAAGGAGAAAAGCAGGAGAAUGGGGCAGUGGUUCCCCUGCAAGCUGGUGAUGGGGAAGAGGGCCCAUCCCCCAAGCCUCACUCACCACCUUCAACAAAACCCGCCCCAGCCAAUGGGGCUACCCCCCGCAUGCUGCAGCAGCUUGUUGAGGAAGACCGACUAGGAAGGGCUCACAGUGGGCAUCCAGGAUCUCCCCGAGGUAGUCUGAGCCGCCACCCCAGCUCCCAGCUAGCAGGGUCUGGCAUAGAGGGGGGUGAAGGCACCCAGAAACCUCGGGACUACAUCAUCCUCGCCAUCCUGUCCUGCUUCUGCCCCAUGUGGCCUGUCAACAUUGUGGCCUUCGCUUAUGCCAUCAUGUCCAGGAACAGUCUGCAGCAGGGGGAUGUGGAUGGGGCCCAUCGUCUGGGUCGAGUGGCCAAGCUCUUAAGCAUCGUGGCGCUGGUAGGGGGGGUCCUCAUCAUCAUCGCCUCCUGCGUCAUCAACUUAGGCGUGUAUAAGUGAGGGGCUCUGCCCUGCAUUCCAAGACUUUUCUUCCUGUUGGGAGCUGCCUUGGGCCCAUCCUCCCCUGCUCCCCCUGAGGGGAGCCCAAUUGAUGGCCCAGGCCCACACCCAUAGGGACCAAGGGAGCCUGAGCAGCCUUGUUUACAGUUUCUUUCCUGCUCCUGCAUCUUGCCAGGUUCCUCUGCCAACUGUAGGCCUCCCUUCUCCCUGCACUGUUUCCAGUCUCCCUGCACUUCUGCCUGCAGCCAGUCCAGCCUCUUGGUCUCCCUAUUUCUGCACUUCUGGAAACCUCCCUGAACAUCUCCCGAACUCUGCUCUCAGCCCAUCUUCAUCUCUCCUAUCCUUCCUGCACUUCUUCCAACCUCCCAAAUUGCUGGCACAUCAACCCUGACCUCCCCCUCCCCAACUUCCACUGUCUUUGCAUCUUCCCCUAUUCCUUUCUUCCUUCUCUCCUUUAUCAUUUCUCCUUUCCUCUCCACACCCUCUGCCCUCUUCCUCCUCCUGCCUCAUCUACCCUCAGCAUCCUUUCCUCCCCUAAGGAUCCUCUCCUCCACUGUCCUGCCACCGUUUAUUCUGCAAAAACUCCAGCACUUAGAUCAGGCUAGGGGAGGGCGGCGACGUCAGGAGAGGACUCUCUAGCCCCGGUGCUGUUCUCUGCUGGGACCACCUAGGUCUGAAUGCCUACAAGGCGUCAUGGGGUCGCAGAGCUGGCAAACCGGGGCUCGUUUGGGGACUUGUGCAGGAGUGGUGAGCGCUGUUCCAAACACGCACCUGGGAGAAGGCAGGCGGUGCAGCUGUUGACCCUCCAUUGUCAGCCUGAAUUGACCUGCAGCACCCCCCUACCCCGCCCCCGCCCCGGGCUUUUUAACCAUGUUGGCGAGUUUCUUGAAGGCAUAGGGGGCUGAAGUCACUCACGUGCUUUGUAAUGAAAGAACCCCCCAAACAGGACCAGAGCCCCCAGCCUCAAGGAGCGAGGACGGGGUGGAGAGCUUUAUAACUAAUUAUUUUCUAGGAGGAGGAGGGAGGUGUGUUGUACGCCACAGUCCGCUAGGGAGGCGGAGACCGAGCUACGACGUGGUUUGGAGUUAGCGGGGUUUUUUGUUUCCUUUAAAAAAAGUGUGUGUGGAGGGGGAAAACGUAAAAGUC